AUUUUUUUUUAACCGUCACGUUGCAACAGACAAUUCAAACAGUGCAAACAUCGUUCAUCUGAGCGCCUGUCCGAGCCGUUAUAGUAAUACACCGAGGCAAUUAACGUCGCCGUCGAUUCGCGAUAAUGACGGAUGCGAUUACGGACCUGACGUCGUACCGGACGCUGGUGAAGUGUGCUCUAAGCCUCGGCUUACCCGGCAAUCUAAAGAAAGACGAAUACGUUGAGUUGUUGAGAUUGCAUCGAAUGGGAUWUCAUUUCGAAUGUAAAACGUUGGCGCACAUUAUGAAAACGAAAAGGCAGACUAUGAAAAAAAACGGUACCAAGAAGCUGGUAAAAAAACGAUGUGUCGGAAGACCUCGUAAAUCAAAGAUCAAAUGUGAUGAAUUGUCAUCAGAAACGUCAUUGGAGAGUAUAAAAAUGCGUACACAAGUAGCUACAACUGUUCCAGUUGAGAAAGCUCGCUCGACUGCUAGACCGCCAAAGCCUAAUUUUGAAGGUCAUGUGUCCUCUUCUAGCUCUGUGGAAAACAUUGUCUACCGACCUCCAAUUGCAAAGACUACAAGUGUACUUUUAAGAAAUAUGUUGCUUUCAACAGAUAGAACCAAGUUUAAUAGAUCUACAACAGAUGCUAGUCUUAAUAUUUCAAACAAUAACAAUCCACAUUGUAACUAUUACCAGUUGGACAAAUCAAAACCCUUAAAUCUAGAAGUUUCGCAUAGAGCUUUUGCUGAAAAUUCAUCCCGAAUAAAGUGGAAAAAUAACAAUAAAAAGUUAAACAUACCUACAAAAGAAAUCAAAUCUACUGUACCUGGAAAUGGUUACCUAUCUAACCUUCAAGUUUUUCCUGAUAUCCCGCAACUGGCUGAUGUAGAUAUUAAUGCGAGUUUAGAGAUAGAUAACUCUAACUACAGCGUAAAUGAUCAAACUGAUACAGAAACAGUCCUAUGUAUUGAUGAUUCUGAUACCUUGAGUAAUGAGUCUGCAGAGAACAUAGAAAAAGAACAACAAGAGUUUGAUCAACGUUGGGCUAUGUCAGUUCGUAUGGAAAGUGGAGAAAUGUCAACAGCGUUUUCUAACUGUGAAACAUUUAAUCCGUUAGAUGAUGUUUCUUUGUUAGGGCCACAAGAUACAGCUUUAGUACAAAAUGAUGUUAUCCAAAAUUACAUAGAGACAAAUAAUGUCCAAUUCAUGCAACUACCAGAUUCUAGUUGUGAAGUGAUUAGAACUUUGCAAUACUACGAGUCAAGAUUAUUAACAAGUCCUUGGUCUUUUCCAGAACAUUUUCAGAAUCAUAAUAAUGAGUCUAUUUCAAAUGAACAGACAGCGCAAGGCGAGCAAUUAAAUGCAACAGGAUCAAACCACACUCUAGCAGAAUUUGCAAAUAUGCUUCCUUGUCCAAUUGCUGGUUGCUUGUGGUAUUCACAUUCUGCAACUUUAUAUGUUCAUUUAUUUACUUGUCAUCAAGAAAUGAUUUAUUAUGGAAAUGUAAUUUCACAUGUCUUCAGAUGUCAAGAUAUACAAAAUUUCUGCUUUUUUACUCAUUUACAAUUCGUACAAAAUACCAUUUAUAUAAUCACUGUUGCAUUUGAUAGCUAUAGUCACACAUAUGUUGCCACCAUUCAGCAUGUUUCGUCGUAUGGUGACAAUACAAGUGUUUCACCAACUACAGCAAUACUGACCACUAGUUCUCUACGUAACAAUAAUGAUCAACAUUCGUGGAGUGGCCCAGUACAGCCUUACAGUGUUCCACUGGAUGUAUUACAUGCUGAUGGUAGAUGUUUAUUCAUUGAUCCUACCAAUCCUGAACAGAUGAUUAUUAAUGUUAACUUAACAGUGCCAUUGAUUUAUUCAAACGAUUCAAUGUUUGCCUGCUUAUAAGUAUUAUAUUUGUAUUCUUUAUUAUGCUUUAUAGUAUUUAUACAGUACCAACAAUGCUAUAUCAAGUUAUUAUGUUUUGCAGAACAUUCUUGUUACAUGUUUAAUUGUUUGCUUUGUUGUUAAUUUAUAAUUAUUUAACUUUUUUUUGUUAGUAAGGAACAAACAGCUUAAGAUAAAAAUUACUAUUAAUUAUUAGAUGAUUGGUAUAAGAAAUAUUACCUAUAUAUUGUUAGCAUAUGACACUAUUGUGUCUCUUAUACAAAUGCUUAAUUAUUUUACUUUUUAUUACAGUACAUUACUUUAUUUAUGUUAAUUUUCUCCCUACCAUUUAAACAUUUACAAAGAAAAAUACAAUUAUUAUGUAAUUAUAGGUGAUUGAGUUG